UGGGAGCAGGAACUUCUUAGGGAGAUACUUAAAGAUAAUGAAGAUUAUAAAAUUGAUGAUUUAUUAGAAGGGGAUUGUGGCGAGUCAAUAUUUAUUUUAAAUGCAUUGAGGAGAAUCGAGGAUUAUGUUCUAUUUAUCGUUGAUAUAAUUCAGAACGGGUUUGAUCCUCAUCCUCAUAGUCUUCACCAUAAACUCCUAUUUUUCAACCCACAGACUAAAGAUGAUAAUCCCGAUAAAUAUUAUGAGGACAGGUUUGAUCCUCAUCUUCAUAAUCUUCACCAUAAACUCCUAUUUUUCAACCCACAGACUAAAGAUAAUGAUCUCGAUGAAUAUUAUGAGUGCUCUGGGGAUGAAAUUGAGUCAGAGUAUCGAGGGUUGAUUGCAAACCAAAAAUCAUCGCAGCGAACACUGGUUGAUUCCAUACCGGUGACGAGUUUAGGGAACCCGGUGGAAGACGAAUUUGAUAGAUACCUAAUGUUAGAUGACCAAAGUAAAUUCGCUGAUCCUAUCGAGUGGUGGCGUCAACACGAAAAUGAAUUUCCCGUCAUGUCCAUACUUGCACGAAAGUAUUUGGCCAUUCCUCUAACACGCUACUCCCUCGAAAAAUCCUAUCUUGAACAUUGUAGAACCCUGGAAACUUUAAUAAAGGAUCUCCCUGAUUUUGACGCGGCCAAAAAAUAUAAAUUUUUACAACACAAUGGGAAGUAUUUGUGCUGA